AUGCAGGAGGUGAAGAAGGCUAUCGAUGCACAGGGGCACUGCCUUCUGGAAAUGCCGUCCGGUACGGGGAAGACUGUAUCGCUACUUUCUUUGGUUGUGGCCUACAUGAGGAGAUUUCCUGAUCGCCUCGAUAAACUGGUUUAUUGUUCCCGAACAAUUCCUGAGAUUGAAAAAUGCAUGGAGGAGUUACGUGCUCUGUACAAAUUCUAUGAGCGGCAAACUGCAGGUGCUCCUCCAUUUGUGGCUGUAGCGAUGUCUGCUCGGAAAAAUCUGUGCAUAAAUGAAUCUGUAGCAUCGUUGAGGCAAGGUUCAUUGGUGGACGGUGGUUGUCAAAGGCUAACUGCUAGCUUCGUUCGCGCACGUCGUCAAUUUGAUCCGUCCAUACCGGCGUGUUCGUUUUUCGAGACCCUCAAUACUCAACAACAGUUCAGUCUCCCUCCUGGAAUAUACAACCUCAGUGAUCUUAAACAACUUGGUCGCGACCGUGGUAUUUGUCCAUACUUUGUCGCUCGAGAAGCGAUAAGGAAAGCUUCCAUAGUAGUGUACUCCUACCACUAUAUUCUCGAUCCCAAAAUCGCUGAAUUAGUGUCGAAAGAUUUCAGCCGCAGAUCGGAACAGGAAAGAGCUAAUGAUGAGCGAUUAGCGAAUCCUGUUCUAACCCGAUGCGAUAUAAUGGCUUCGUUGAUCGUGAGACACAGAAUGAGGAGCUCUCAGGUACUUCUCGAAAGUCCAGCCGCAUUCGUGAAAGACAUCCAGGAUAGAAUGUAUAUUGACAGAAAACCCUUGAGGUUCUGUGCUGAACGAUUGGACAAUCUGACGAGAACGCUCGAAGUUGCAGAUGGAUCUGAUUUCGAUGUUGAGGUUGUCCAAAGUAGCUCUCGGGCUGAUCUCGGUGAUGCGAGGUGGACUUCAAGGUUGGGAUUUUCCGUGAUCAUUGAGCCAAGUGAGUCGAAUCAACCUGCACAAUUAACGCUGUCAUGCAUGGAUGCUUCAAUCGCUAUCAGACCAGUUAUGGAACGGUUUCAAACGGUUGUGAUCACGUCGGGUACCCUCUCACCGCUAGAGAUGUACCCAAAAAUCCUUGACUUCGACCCUGCUGUUAUGGUGCUCACAAUGACUCUUGCUCGCCCCUGCUUGAGUCCUUUGGUCGUUGCGAGAGGAAAUGAUCAGGUGAAUCUUUGCUGUUUUCCAGAGAAGAGUGCACGAUCAAGACACUCUGGUAUCGUCCGAUUAGAAACCUGUUUCACUCAUAUCAUUUUUAUUCAGGUUGCGAUGACAUCUCGCUUUGAACAGAGGAAUGAUGUUGCUGUUAUCCGAAAUUAUGGGAAUCUGGUGCUAGAAAUGGCUGCUGUUGUCCCCGAUGGAAUGGAUCGUGGUAUUAUUCACAGCCUCGUCGCAACAGGACAAGUAAUAGCUGUGUGGUACGAUCAGCAUGUGAUCGACGAACUAAUGAAGUCCAAACUUUUAUUCAUAGAGACGAACGAUGCUUUAGAAACAUACAUCAUACAUACAUCCGUAGCUCUGGAGCAAGAGAAUGACUUUCUCACAUUUGACGCCAUGCGUCACACCGCACAAUGUAUGGGACGGGCACUUCGAGGCAAGACAGACUAUGGUCUCAUGAUUUUUGCAGAUAAGCGCACAGUCGCACUUGUUGGCGCUACUCGUAUAUGUGUUAGAGGUUUUCACGUCAAGAUAAACGCGGUAAACUUCCUCGCUGGAUGCAAGAAGUAUUUGGAGACGGCAUCAACAAAUUUGAGUAUUGACGAGGCCAGUGCAGUUGGCUCGACGGUAGGUAGUCUUUCAUGGCUGACACUGAUGGCUCAACCAUUCACAAAGGCUGAUCAGCUGGGUAUUUCGCUUCUCACUUCCGACAUGUUAAAUCCGAAAAAUAUGAAAAAGUUUGAAAAAGUGGUCGAACAUGUUGAUUAA